CUUGUUUUAAUUGUUUUAAGUCCUCAGGUGAAGUUCUGUGGCUAUGCAGUACCUCAUCCAUCUGAAAACAAAAUCAACUUGAGGAUUCAGACAUAUGGACAGCCAGCAAUGGAAGCUUUCAAGAAAGGAUUAGAAGAUUUAUAUAAGAUGUCAGAACAUAUCCUCAAGACAUUUAUG